CUAGUAUAUAGUCUUCUUCUUUCAUAUUCCUCUGCGUCUCUCUCAUUCGGUUUUCUCUCUCUAUAUCUAUAUCUAUAUCUAUAUAUCUCUCUGUUUCACAAAGAAGAGAACAGAACGAAAGAACCCCCCACAAUAGCUAUGGUGUCUACGCGUCGCAGUGGAUCUAUAUCCAAUAAUAACAACAAUAACAAUAAUAAUAGUAACAAUAAAAGAUCAUCAUCAUCCUCUGAACACAAACCCUCUUCCCCCAAACGCCCAAAGGUUGAAAAUAAUGGAGGUGUAUCGGAUAAUACAAUUAAGCCAAAUGAGAAAAAACCUGAGGAGAUUACGAAGGAAUUGAGUGUGGAUCCGCCGGAAAAUGCUGCUGGAACUUCGCAACGGAAAGACGAAGGCGAGGAGGUUGUUAGUGCCACUCCGGCUGCUUCCAUUGUUACUCCGGUCGUCGCUGAAGGUUCAGUACCUAUAUUAGCAGAGAAGCCACGAGGUUCGUUUUCUUCAUGGAAACUGCAAAAUCCAAGUUGUGAGACGGUCACACCUUGGUGCAGGCUUCUUGCUCAGAGUUCACUGAAGCAAACAGUGAAUGUUUAUCAGAGAAACUAUGUAGUCGGAUCAGUCAAGACUGCCAAUCUAUUGAUCAAGGAUAUAAGUUCGGUUCUUUGCGUUAUCAAGCAGAAUGAGCGCGAAGGCAGUUCUGUUGCUGUGCUUGAAAACAAAGGAAGCAAGGGAUACGUGCAAGUUAAUGGGAAUAUCGUGAAGAAGGGUACAACUUGUGCUCUGAAUUCAGGAGAUGAAGUCAUUUUUGGUCCUCCCGGUUAUCACGCUUAUAUCUUUCAGAAACUUCCUAGCGAUAUCUUGUUAAAAUCACGCACAUCUGCUCAUGGCGGAGAUAUGAAAAUGCUGCAUAUUGAAAGACGUACUGGGGAUCCAUCAGCAGUUGCGGGUGCUUCCAUAUUGGCGUCUUUGUCGAAUCUUAGAGCAAGUUUAGCUCAGUUGAAUCAAACUGCUACUAAAGCUCAUGUGGGGACGGAGGUUCGUCACCCUAAUCAUGAUGAUGAUGUUGAUGGAUUAGAAGUAAAUUCAGCUACAAAUACUGGUAACGAUAGUGCAUCUGAAAUCGGAGCUACAAGCAAAAUCACAACUCUUGGCAGCAACCCAGACCCUAGUAUCAUUGAAACUGGAAGUGCAUUGGAGACAAAGGAGUGGACCAGGGAUCCACUGCCUUCAUCAACACCAGCAAUGCCAGUAAGAUCUGCAAUGUUGAAGGAAGAGGUUCUUGCUGGGAUUAUUGACGGGCGAGAAGUCGAAGUUUCUUUUGAUGAUUUCCCAUAUUACUUAAGUGAGAACACCAAAAAUGUGCUUAUUGCAGCUUCUUAUAUACACUUGAAGCACAGAGACCAAGUUAAAUAUGCUUCCGAACUUCCUACUGUGAAUCCUAGAAUCUUGCUUUCUGGUCCUGCAGGAUCUGAGAUUUAUCAGGAGAUGCUAGCAAGGGCACUGGCUCAUUUUUAUGGGGCCAAAUUGCUUAUAUUUGAUAGCCAUUCGUUCCUGGGUGGUUUAUCAUUAAAAGCUGAACUACUGAAGGAAGAAAUCCUUGGCAAUGUUUGUAAGAGAAGUCCUGGAACCACUGGUCUGCAGGCUGGCACAGGAAGUACCCCCAGUGAAUUAGAUGUCGAGGGAAAUGAAAAUGUUCCUUCUCCGUCUUCCCCUGAACAACAGAAAUUGGAGGCUGAUGUUGUUCCCCCUAUUGCAGGAAUCUCAAAAAGCCCCACAUUUAGAUUGGGUGACAGAGUAAAAUAUAUAGGUCCUGCUUCUGGAGGAAGCAUUCACCCUUCUUCAUCUACUUUAAGAGGUCCAACUCCUGGGGCUCGCGGAAGAGUUCUCUUACCCUUUGAAGACAAUUCCCUCUCAAAAAUUGGUGUUAAAUUCGAUAAACAAAUUUCUGACGGGGUUGACUUUGGGGGCCUCUGCGAUGGGGGUUAUGGAUACUUUUGCGCUGCUAACGAAAUCCGCCUGGAUUCAACUGGUGUAGAAGAUUUGCAUAAAUUACUCAUCAGCAUCAUGUUUGAGGUCGUAAGCAGUGAGAGUAGAAAUCGUCCUGUUAUUUUGUUCAUGAAAGAUGCGGAGAAGUCUAUUGUUGGGAGCUCAGAAUCAUACGCAACGUUUAAGAUCUGGCUUGAAGAGCUCCCAGACAAUGUUGUUGUAAUGGGUUCACAAACUCAAGCAGACAGUCGCAAAGAAAAGUCACAUUCUAGUGGUUUAUUUUUCACAAAGCUUAGCAGCAAUCAAACUGCUCUUCUUGAUUUUUCUUUACAGGAUAGUCUUGGGAGACUACAUGAAAGGGGGAAAGAGGUUCCCAAGGCUACUAAGCUUUUAACAAGACUUUUUCCUAAUAAAGUGGUCAUUCAGAUGCCUCAGGAUGAGAACCUCCUUGCUACUUUGAAGCAGCAAUUGGAUCGAGAUGCUGAAACUUUAAAGAUGAAGGGAAAUAUAAAUAAUCUACGUAGUGUCCUUAAUCGUACCGACUUGGAAUGUGAUGGGCUGGAGACGUUGUGCAUCAAGGAUCAAUUGCUUACAAAUGAAGGUGCCGAGAAAGUUGUUGGAUGGGCUUUAAGCCAUCAUCUUAUGCAUCACGCUCAAGCUGAUCCAAAUGCAAGAGUCGCCCUUUCAAGCGAGAGCAUUCAAUAUGGUAUUGAAAUUCUCCAAGCAAUUCAGAAUGAAUCCAAGAGCUUGAAGAAGUCUCUGAAGGAUGUUGUGACAGAAAAUGAAUUUGAGAAAAGGCUUUUAGCCGAUGUGAUACCGCCCAGUGACAUUGGAGUAACAUUUGAUGAUAUUGGAGCUCUGGAAAAAGUCAAGGAUACAUUAAAGGAGUUGGUGAUGCUUCCUUUACAAAGGCCUGAACUUUUCUGCAAGGGCCAGUUAACCAAGCCAUGCAAGGGCAUUCUUCUCUUUGGGCCUCCUGGAACUGGAAAGACGAUGCUAGCCAAGGCUGUUGCUACCGAAGCUGGUGCCAACUUCAUAAACAUAUCCAUGUCAAGUAUCACAUCAAAGUGGUUUGGUGAGGGUGAGAAGUAUGUAAAAGCUGUGUUUACAUUGGCUAGCAAAAUUUCUCCCAGUGUAGUCUUUGUGGAUGAAGUGGAUAGCAUGUUGGGGCGUAGGGAGAACCCAGGAGAACAUGAAGCCAUGCGUAAGAUGAAAAAUGAAUUUAUGGUGAAUUGGGAUGGUUUGCGUACUAAAGAUACAGAACGAGUUCUUGUGCUUGCAGCCACAAAUAGACCUUUUGAUCUUGAUGAGGCAGUAAUUAGAAGGCUUCCCCGUAGAUUGAUGGUGAAUUUACCGGAUGCUCCCAAUAGAGCAAAGAUCCUACAGGUUAUACUUGCAAAAGAGGAUUUGUCUCCGGAUAUGGAUCUGGAUGCGGUGGCAAACAUGACUGAGGGAUAUUCCGGAAGUGACCUCAAGAAUCUAUGUGUAACUGCUGCACAUCGCCCAAUUAGAGAGAUCUUAGAGAAGGAAAAAAAGGAGCGUGCUGCAGCUAUAGCUGAAGGCAAACCUGCUCCAGCUCUAAGUGAAAGUUCUGAUGUUCGGCCUUUAAACUUGGAAGACUUUAAAACUGCCCAUGAACAGGUUUGUGCCAGUGUAUCAUCAGAGUCUGUAAAUAUGAAUGAGCUUGUGCAAUGGAACGAGCUUUAUGGAGAGGGAGGUUCGAGAAGAAAGAAGUCUCUCAGCUACUUCAUGUGAGAGCUUCAUAAUGAGUAAAAUGAUGGCUGAAAAUCGAAAGGAUGCAAAACCAUCAUGUUUGUACAAUGAAGUAUAGGCUCUUUUGUUUUUUUGUAUUUUCCUUUUUAUUCUUAAAAAACAAAAAUCGUAACUUGUAUCUUCUUCUGGAGUAGUCUUUGGAGGUGGUUGGCAUAAAGGCAGGUAACCUUCCUCAGAUGUUAGUUAGGAGGGCUUUAUCAGCUUUUGUUUUGUUUCUCCCCCAUCUCUUCUGAUAACCUUUCUUUUUUUGGUUGAUUAAUUGCACAAAAUUGGGAUAGAAAUAAAAUUAUUUUUCUUUCCAGUA